AAGUAAACCCUAAAAACCCUUUGAAUUUCUUGGAAAAAACGUUGGUACAGUUUCAAUGACAUUGCAUAGACAACGUGACGUUGUUCAAAAAGUGACAUACGCCGUCAACGUCAACGAAAGACGUGUUUAUUGUUUACCUUAUUUAGAAAUCAUGAAAGUAAUAUAAUAUUGCUGUAUUGAACUCAAGAUUUGUCUGUAAUAAGAAUAAAAAUAAACUUAGACAUAUCAUUUUACAUUUGCUUAUAAAUUUUACAUUUAACUUCAUUAGACCGAUAGUCUUAAUUUUUUAAGGUUAAACCUACGAAGGUUUUUUUUACGAUGAAGCACAGAAUUUUAGAACUUUACAGCGGUAUUGGGGGAAUGCAUUGUGCUUGGAAUGAAUCGAAACUAGAUGGUGAAAUAGUCGCUGCUGUCGAUAUAAACACGGUAGCAAAUCAAGUUUACUUAUAUAACUUCCCGAAAUCUAAUUUAAUGACCAGAAAUAUCCAAGCGUUAAGCCUCGAAGAAAUAAAUAAUAUGAAUAUUGAUACAAUACUUAUGUCACCUCCAUGUCAACCAUUUACUAGAAAUGGUAAAUAUUUAGACGAGAAUGAUCCCCGAACUAAUUCUUUUUUAUAUUUAAUAAGCAUGCUUGACAAAUUUGAUAAACUUCAAUACAUACUAAUGGAAAAUGUAAAAGGUUUUGAAUGUUCAACAGUAAGAAACCUGUUUAUAGAUAAAUUGAAUGAAUGCCAAUUUGAAUACCAGGAAUUUCUCUUAUGUCCUUCCAAUGUUGGAGUUCCAAAUUCUAGGCUUAGAUAUUACUGCAUAGCAAGAAAAACAAAUUCAACAUGGAUUUUUAAAAGGAAAACUGAAAUAAUGAGAUCACUACCAAAAGAUUAUGGGGCACCAGAUUCUAUAGAAUGUAUUUUAGAAAAAGAUGUGUCUGAUAAAUUUCUUGUAAAAAAUAAUAUACUGAAGCGUGGAAAUGUUCUUGACAUAAUUCAAAAGGAAUCUAAAAGAUCUUGUUGCUUUACUAAAGCUUAUACUCACUAUGCUGAAGGUACUGGCUCAGUAUAUACAGAAGCGAGUCCAGAAAAUGUAAAAGAAUGUUUCGAAAGAGCUAAUAAAUUUGAAGUCGGUACUGACGAUUUUAUAGAAACACUGAAGGAAUUAAAUUUAAGAUAUUUUACACCCAAAGAAGUGUUAUCCUUGAUGUCAUUUCCUUCGUCUUAUAAGCUUCCUGAAACAAUAUCUAUGAAGCAAUGUUACAGGCUUCUUGGUAAUAGUAUUAAUGUGAAAGUAGUUAGUGAAUUGUUGAAACUCUUGUUUGAUUAAAAUAUAUUUAGGAAUAUCAGUAAA